UCCAAGUCACUUGACUUUCCGGUGCGGGUUCGGAAGCUGUGCUGCAUGUGCGGCUGUGGGGAGCCCAGGUGGGCUUGGGGGCGCUGCGCCCCCAGCCCCAUGCUUCUCCUGAGCCUGCUUCUGUCUGCAGCCCCGUUUGGUCUGCUGGGAGAGGAGACCCGCCAGGUAUCUCUGGAGGUCAUCCCUGGCUGGCUGGGGUCCCCCCAGAACUUGCUACAUAUCCGGGCAGUGGGCACCAACUCCACGCUGCACUAUGUGUGGAGCAGCUUGGGGCCUCCAGCAGUCCUGCUGGUGGCCACCAACACCCCCCACAGCUCCCUGGUGGUCAACUGGAGCUGCCUGCUGUCCCCUGAGCCUGAUGAGGGCCUGAUGGUACUCCCCAAGGACAGCAUCCAGUUUUCUUCUGCCCUUGUCUUUACCAGGCUGUUUGAGUUUGACAGCACGAAUGUGUCCGAUGUGGCAGCAAAGUUCCCAGGGAAACCGUAUCCCCCGUACCCUUUGGCUGAGUUUUCCUGGAACAAUAUCACUGACUCAUUGGAUCCUGCCACCCUGAGCGCCACAUUUCGAGGCCACCCCAUGCACGACCCUACCAACGCUUUUGCCAACGGCAGCUUGGCCUUCAGGGUCCAGGCCUUUUCAGGAUCCGGCCGACCAAUCCAACCCCCUCGCCUCCUGCACACAGCAGACACCUGCCAGCUGGAGGUGGCCCUGUGUGGGGCCUCUCCCCGGGGAAACCGCUCCCUGUUUGGGCUGGAGGUAGCCACCUUGAGCCAGGGCCCUGACUGCCCCUCAGUGCAGGAGCAGCUUUCUAUUGACGAUGAAUACACACCUGCUGUCUUCCAGUUGGACCAGCUGCUGUGGGAUGCCCUCCCCUCAGGCUUCAUGCAGUGGCGACCAGUGGCUUUCUCCCAGAAGCAGCGGGGCCGCGAGUCAGCCCUGCCCUGCCAAGUAUCCCCACUUCACCCUACCUUGGAAUACCCCCUCCCCCAGUCACCCAUCGUCCGGGCCUUCUUUGGGUCCCAGACCAACUUCUGUGCCUUCAAUCUGACAUUUGGGGCUUCCACAGGCCCCGGCUACUGGGACCACUACUACUUCAGCUGGUCGAUGCUGCUGGGCGUAGGCUCUCCUCCGGUGGACACCUUGUCCGCACUAGUCCUGGGCAUCAUGGCGGUGGCCCUGGGUGCUCCAGGGCUCAUGCUGCUAGGGGGAGGCCUGAUUCUGCUGCUGCGGCACAAGCGGUACUCAGAGUACCAGCCCAUAAAUUGAGACCCACUUUUUAGCUGGAAGGACGUCACUGGACCUGCCUUGCUGUGCCUCAUGCCUCUGGAGGUUGGAGGGUCGGUGUUCCCAGGCAGGCCUUCUUGCUUUUCUGCAGAACCUCAAAGCCAGGCCUUAACAGUGUGGGGACUCCCAGGUGGGGUUCUUUCAUA